GCCCGUAGAUUCAACAGAGCGCGGGAAACCUGUGAAAAUAUGGCGACGGACGCCCGCGGAGAAGCCGAUGAGGAGGCGAACAACGUCCCUCCGUCGACUCUAAAAUUGUACGAGACACAAUUUUUCGGGUUCACCCCGCAGACGUGUAUGUUAAGGGUUUACAGCGCCUUCCAGGACUGUCUGUACGACAUUUUACCCGUCGUGGAGAAGGUGUGCGUCAGGCAGCUCGGCAGAGGUGAGUCCGCCGAAUCCGAGGAGCCGCUCCGGGCCCGGGCCCGGGAGUGCAGCCGGAAGCUGCAGCGGUUCCUCGAUGAGCGCUUCAAGCUGCUGGCCGAGCGGAUGGAAGCGCUGCUGACCGAGCGAUGCUUCUCCGUGCCGCCGAGCGUCCUCCUGCCCGAGGACCAGUUACACAAGACCUACCCCCAACACAUCCAGGAGGUGCUGAUGCUGGAGUCGUCCAUUGCCGACCUCCAGAAUGCCUACGAGGCAGAAGUAUGUGCGCGGCAGGCCCUGCUAGCUGAGCUGGAGGAGCAGAGGGAGGUGCAGAAACACCUGGAUGGGAUUUUGGUGUGGGUCAGAGAGCUCCAGGCCGCCUGGGUGAAGGAAGGUAACGGCAGCUUCCAUGACAGCUUCCAGCUGGUGAUGGAGUCCGUCAAGAAGCUGCAGGAUGCAGUUGGAGAGGUCCGCAACAAGACACCUCAAUGAGCUGAACUCAGAUUUGUUGAAAUUGUUCAAAUCAUCAAUGAAUUCAUGCUACAAUGUAUGUGGAUAUUUGGGAAAUCACUUUUCCUCAAAGUCAAGGCUUCUUCUGCACCUUUUAGCCAACCUGAAAACAGCUUUUUUCAAGUUUGGCCGUCACCUUUGGUCGCUUGUAAGGAAUACAGCAUUCAUUCCCUGUGAAAACAAGAUGAUGCUUCAUAAACAAUACACAACGGCAAUGUCACCUAACAUGAGUUCGAGUUUACUUUUGUAAAUGUAAUGUAAAUAAUAAAAGCAAAUGAAUAUAUCCCUGUCGCUUAAGCUGAUUUUAACUGUUGCUUUCUGUCAUCUACUGGGCCACCUCAUUCCCUCAUCAGUGUCUCAAAACUCAUCUAGUUUCUUAACGUGUCUUAUUUUCUGGU